GGAUCUUUGCUUUAUUACAAAUACUCAAAAAGUGUUGAUGCUUUCUGUAGUAAAUCACAACCACCACCAACCAAACAGAAAUUAAAGACAUUUUUUUAUGUGUGUAGCAAGUACAAUAUAACAUAAAAUUAAGUCAACAAACAGUACUUUCAAUCAGUUUGGACCCAAAAAAUAAUGUAGAAAGGUUUGACGACAGAUGGAAGUGUCCCGUGGUGAAGAAAAACUUACAACCUGCAUAAUCAGCUGUCAGUGAGCUAGAUCAUCUGUCUUUGUAAAUAUUAAACCUAAAAGAAUCAUAACAAAUUUCGGGUUCUCGCGUGAUGAAGUGAACAAGCACGGUACGAUGUAACCCCGACGUCGCUUCAGCCGAACUUUGAUGUAGACGCAGAUAUGGGAUAAUAACCUAUCAAAGAAGCGAGACGUUCGCUAUGGCUGAUCUUCCUUGAAGACCUUCAAGCCAAAUUUCUCCAUCACAACAUCAGUAAACAUCAAAAUAUGUCUGGUGAGUUUCCGUUUACGGCCAAGAUAGUCAGUCCAGUCAAGUGCAACGAGAAGCCUUGGGAUCUAUGGGUUAGUGAAAUAGGACACCUGUCGCCUCGUCGGGACGAUGACAGCGGGGUGUUCACGACGCCCGCGGCCGUGGAGCCAAAGGGCGGCGCAUCGGUCCGCCGGGUGCAUGAAUCGCACCCGUAUAAGGCGACGGAGCGGGGCCAGGCGCGGUACCGUCGCGCGGGCGUCAACCGCCUCAAAUACCAGAGUAUGAGCCUCCAUGGACUCUUCCCACAGAUGGACAAUUUGAAUGCAGCCGUGUGUCAUAUGUGUGGUGUUGUAGUGAAGUGCAGUGCUGCAUACAGACAUUUAUUGGAUUACCAUACGGACUGCGAACCCAUCCUCCCGCCGCCGCCGCCCGCGCCCACAGUCAAGCUCAAAUCUACACCCAGCAGGAGCAGGCACAAAAAGGACAUACACCCACCUCUUGUUCCACCAGACUUUCUGCCAAAAAUGGAAACAUCUCCGGCACACAAUGCAACCGCUCCUUUAUCAAGGAUAGUGCUGCCACAGCCUGAAAUGCAAUACUUGGACGAACCAAGCACAUCUACGGGUGUAACAGGAGAAGUACAGGUGAGCAUGGAGAGUGGAGGAUUACCAGUUGUUAGUAUACAGGACCCUGAUGAGUUGCCCCUCGGGGAAAAUAUUACAGAUGAUAUAUUAGCAAUUAUGAACUCUGAAGGUAUUCAAAGUGCAGAUGACAUAACAAAUGCUGCAGAUUGGAAAGACAUAAUAAGAGACAUUGGUAGUAUGCAGGAUAUGAACUUUCAAUCCACUGACUCUCAGCAAUCUCAAGACUUAUAUACAUCAGUAGAUGACAACUCCCUUUACACUUUAGCCGAUACAGAUUUAUCUAGUUUACAAUUUGCAUCAAACACACCUCCAAUACUAUCAACUGUGAUAGAUAAUAAUUUAAUCAAUGCUCAAGCUUUAAAAGUGGCAGUGCCCAGCACACCGACAACCAAGUCACAGUCACGAACGAAAACUAGCAAGUCGAAAUUUGUUCCACGAGAAUACGAUCCGAAUAAGCACUGCGGUGUCGUCACCGCGGAGAACCCCAAGCCAUGCACGAGGUCUCUGACGUGCAAAGCUCAUGCGCUUUCGCUGCGGCGGACUGUGGAAGGGAGGUCCAAGCCCUUUGACACCCUUCUGGCGGAACACAGAGCGUCGAAAGACCCCAACUCCGCUGCGGCGGCCGCCACGCCGAUCAAACAUCAUGUGCCAGUGCAUUCAACAAUUAACACACCAACACAAUUUAACAACCCACCUCCCCUUGAUCUCAAUGAUUUAAACGGUCUUGCUGCCGACCUGCAAGUCAACGACAUUUAUGCUAGUCUGCUGAGUGUUGAAGAUCCGAAUGCUCUACUGCCGGACACAUCCAACAUAACAUCAUUGCUCAGCCAACCCCUGCCGCCGGGGGCGUUCCUCUUACCCGAGGACGCGGAGCUCGCGACCGACGUCCCUAUACUCAGUAUAGCAACGCCGGUCGAGCCCGAGGUGAGGCCGGAGGGUCCGCCGCCUCUGGUGCCAAGCGACGUGUGCUGGUACUCUUCGUGUCCACGGCCCCUCGCCCUCUGCACGUUCAACGCGUCGCACGCGGGCAGCGCCAUCACCUUAGGAAAAAAGUUCGCCACCGUGCGGAGUAAUAUUAAAUCCUCGCUCAGCAGGACGAGCAAGUCCAGUGGAGUCUCGAACAAUUAUUACUAUCAAAACUCGCUUUCCUUGUCAAAGACUAUGCAUUUGAACAAUACGAAUAAAGCAAACAAGCCGGAGGUGCGCAAACUCAUAGUGACGUGUAGUGCAACAAGUGGGGGUAAAGACGUGCAACAGACGUUCAGUGAUAUGUUUGGGGGUGGCGAGGUGCGACAUACGCUCAACGGGCACGUGGGCCACGCUGAGCGCAGGCCUCGGCCUGGUGCGCUGAAGGCGGGCAAGCGGCCGGCGCCCGCGGUUCUGGACCUGGGCUUUGCUCUUGAUCCUCUCCUCGCGGACGAGAAGUGUUGAACUGUCGUAUAAGCAAUCACUGGUUGUGUACUCAUAUAUUUGUAUAUUUAUUUUUCUGUAAAGAAUCGAAUUGCAUUGUAAAUGUUAAAUAAUCACGA